GGGCACGUGCGGGGCCGGGCCCAGUGGCGCGCGCCCUUAAGGACUCGCGGCCGCGGGCGGCGGCGCUUCCUCAGUUGGCCUGUCAGCCGGCUUGUUUGGUGGUGCGCGGCCUCGGGCGAGGCUGGGUCGUUUUUCGGGGGACGCCCGGAGCCUGGGCCGGGCUGGGGCGAGUGAGGGGAGAGCGGACAUGGCGGAAGAAGAGGAGACCCCCGAGAGGUCAGGAUGGCUGACAGGGUGGCUUCCCACUUGGUGUCCUACAUCUUUGUCUCUGCUGAAAGAAGCUGAGGAAAAGAUCCUGAAGUGUGUGCCCUGUCCAUACAAAAAAGAACCUGUUUGUGUAUCCAAUGGAAACAAAAUAUGGACACUAAAAUUUUCUCAUGAUAUUGAACAGAAGACUCCACUUGUCCUCCUCCAUGGCUUUGGAGGUGGGGUUGGACUCUGGGCACUCAACUUUGGAGAUCUUUGUGAAAACAGACCUGUAUAUGCUUUGGACCUGCUGGGAUUUGGGCGAAGUAGUAGACCCCAGUUUGGUGGCGAUGCAGUAGAAGCCGAGGACCAGUUUGUGGAAACAAUAGAAGAAUGGAGAUGUACUCUAGGUUUGGAUGCACUGAUCUUGCUUGGACACAAUCUGGGUGGAUUCUUGGCUGCUGCUUAUUCACUGAAGUAUCCAUCAAGAGUAAAGCAUCUUAUCUUAGUGGAGCCAUGGGGUUUUCCAGAGAGACCUGACAAUGCAGAUCAAGAUAGGCCAAUUCCAGUGUGGAUCAAAGCCUUGGGAGCCGUAUUGACCCCAUUUAAUCCGUUAGCUGGCCUCAGGAUUGCUGGACCCUUUGGCUUAAGCCUUGUGCAGCGUUUAAGGCCUGAUUUUAAGAGAAAGUAUGCUUCAAUGUUUGAAGAUGAUACCGUGACAGAAUAUAUCUACCACUGUAAUGUACAGACACCCAGCGGUGAGACUGCUUUUAGAAAUAUGACUAUUCCUUAUGGCUGGGCAAAAAGGCCGAUGCUCCUGCGGAUUGGGAAGAUGGACCCGGACAUCCCGAUCUCCGUAAUCUAUGGAGCCCGAUCCUGCAUAGAUGGCAAUUCUGGCAAUACCAUCCAGUCCCUACGGCCACAUUCGUACGUGAAGACUAUAGCUAUCCUUGGCGCGGGACAUUAUGUGUAUGCUGACCAACCCGAAGAAUUCAACCAAAAAGUAAAGGAGAUUUGCGAUUCUGUGGAUUGACGCCAUUCAGAUCUCAGUGGACUGGCGAUGGAUGCAGCUCCUCAGUGAUAACUUAGAAUGUGGUGAAGAAUCAGGAAACCAACACAAAGAAACUGAGUGGUCCCUUGGCUCUUAUUUUGCACAUUUGGCAUUUCUUCCAUGAAGUCACUUGCACAUUUAUACCACGUAGUGCCUUUUUGGAUGGGAACCCCUUUUUAAAUAGAAAUUAAUUUUAAAUACAUACAGAAAUCUCAGAAACUAAUAACCUUAAAUAAAGGGUUUCUUGCCUCCCUGA